GAAAUUCGACUUAUGGUAUUGUGCUCUUUCUGGCCGCUGACAACAUAGAUAAUGACCACUGGUACGUAAGUGGUACGAAAAGGCAGGCAGUUUGGGUUGCUUUGGUGCUUUGAUGAGCAACGGCGAGCAAGCUCUUGGCUCUUGGUGCUUGGUGGGAGCUUUGGUGGGACUUUUUCGUUGUGUCACCUGUUUUGACGAAUUCAUAAAGGAAAAAGGAAGCCUUACUGAAUCCUUCAAGCGAACCAGAAAGUGCUGGUACCAAACACCGCAGUGAUGUGACGCCAACAGGUAAUAGUACCGGUAAUAAUCUAAUAAUCUCGUCUUAUCCCGAACGAUCACUCCUUUUCAAAUCCGUCUCUUCCAUUCAUUCUACUCGAGACAUCCACCAAAUAAUGGCUCCAAUAGAAGCUGAAGCUCCCAUGGGGAUGUGUGCCGUCACCAAGGAUUUCAGUUUGGGCUUCCAGCAUCCACUAUCAGAUACCCCUAUUAAGAUUUCCAAGCCCCUGGUUCCCGACCUGAGUUGCCUCCACAAUGGCCAACUCUUUGGUCGAGAGCGAGAAAUCCAAGACCUGAGCGAUGCCUUUGCUCGCGGUUGUCUGCCGGCACAGUCGCAUUCGUCGUCUUCGUCAGAACUGGUGCUCGUCUCGGGACCCUCCGGAUCGGGCAAAUCGGCUCUGGUCCGAGCUGCGCUCCGCGAUUUAGCCGUCCAACAACACGGUGGAUGCUACCUCGUCGGCAAGUUUGAUCAAUUGCAAAGCACGCCCGAGCCGUAUGCUCCCUUUGUCCAAGCCUUGACCGAUUGGGUCCUGUCGUCUUCCUCUCAUACGGACCAAAAGGAUUGGGUCCAGGAACUGGGGAGUGAAAACGCCGCCGUACUGCAGGCGUUGGUGCCCGCGUUGGCCCGGGUGUUUCAUCUCCACAAUGCCGACAUGACGUUUACCACGGCCAUGGGACGAGAAGCACAACAAGAUCGUCUCAAGAUGGCGCUCAAACGAUUCCUCAAAGCGAUCAGCAGCGAGACUCCACUUGUGUUGGUACUGGAUGACUGUCAAUGGAGUGAUGCGGGGUCCUUGGCAUUGCUCGAUUCUCUACUGUCGUCAGAACAGCAAGAGCCACUUGACAAUUCGUGCAAUCAUUUACUCGUCGUGGCCAUUUGUCGCAGCGACGAAGUCUCGGUGCAUCAUGAAUUUGCCGGCAUGCUGCGGACACUGGAAGACGAACGAGGCACUCGCAUUUCGCAUAUCCAAGUACACAACCUGUCACUCCAAGCCACCAAUCAACUCGUCUCCAAUGUACUGCAACAACCUCCUUUCAUGUGUGAGUCCUUGACGGCACGAAUCCAUCCCAAAACAGAUGGAAAUGUGUUUUGUCUCUUUCAGCUACUGACGGCGUUGUUGGAACGUAAUGUGCUCUUUCCGGACAAGGAACAAGCGCUCUGGCUGUGGGAUGACCACAAAUGGAACCAACACUUUCCUCCCGGUGAAAAAGUCAAUAUCAUUGAUCUCGUGACUUGUCACAUUCAGAGUUUGCCUCCCCGGUGCCAGCGUUUAUUGCAGAUGGCUGCGUUUCUCGGGGCAGAAUUCGAGAUUGAUCUGCUGCGGAUCUUGCCAUGGAAUAAUGAUAAUGUUGAGGAGGUGGAACAAGAACAAUCAUCAUCCUUCGACACGGCCCUUGCCGAGACCAUGGAAAGGGGGGUCCUCCAGCAACUACCACAUCAUCCCAAUAGAGGUUCCUUUACUCACGAUCAAAUCCAACUGGCGGCAUAUCAUGCCUUGGUUCCCAAGAAAGAAGAACAAGCCCUCCUUCAUUUGACAAUUGGCAAGACAUUGUAUCAACAACUGUCCCCGGAUGAUUUGCAGGAACGGAUAUUUCUAGUGGUGAAUCAAAUGAUUCAUGGAGCAGCACUGUUGCAAUCCGAUUCCGACAAGAACGGGUUAGCCAACUUGUGCUUGCAAGCGGGAAAGCAAUCGGCACGGUCCAGUGACUUUCGAACUGCCAUCUUUUAUUUUGAAACGGGAAUUGGAUUGCUGGCAGAACGAUGCUGGAGAGACGAAUACCAUCUUUGCUUGGACCUGUAUAGCUCGUUGGCAGAAGCUACCUGUUCCACGGCAGACUUUGAACAGAUGGAUCAAGCCAUUGACCAGGUAUUGGCCAAUGCAACACGAUCCACCAGUGACACGGCACGAGCCUGCACAACAAGAAUAUAUGCUCUCAGUGCAAGGCUGAAACCCAAGGCGGCAUUGGGACUUGGAAAAGUUGUGGUGGCGGAACUGGGCGUCGUUCUUCCCGCAAAUCCGGGUAUUAUGUCCUUUCUUGGUGGCUUUAUCAAACUGAAACGAAAGCUUGGCAAGAAAUCCGACAAGGAAAUCUUGGCAUCGCCGGACAUUGAUCCUCAUGCCCGCAACCACAUUGCGGCCAUGACGAUUCUUAGCAUGAUGGCGACUUGUACCUACACGGCGGAUGAAUGUGAUCUCUACCCAUCCAUCGCGUUUGAAAUGGUGAAGAUUUCCCUCAAACAUGGGCUUUCGGCCAUGUCCUCUCAUGGGUUUUGCCUCUUCGCGGUCGUCCUCGUUGCCAUGGAUGAUUACGAGAACGCCCACCGAUACAGCCAGCUUGCCUUGGAUAUCAUCGAUCGAUACCCGCAUGCCAGAGCGGAAUGGCUUCCACGGGUCAGUUCCACCGUCUAUGGUCUCGUCGCUCCUUGGAAGAAACCCAUAGCCACGACCCUUGCUCCACUUCUGGAAGCCCAUGCCAUUGGUCGCGAUUCCGGCGACAUUGAGUUUUCCGUUCUGGCAGGGCACUUUCAUAGCCUCAGUUCUUACGUUGCGGGGCGUCCCCUGGCGCCUAUUGAGAAGAGUCACGCCGCCUUUUACAACCAAAUGGUGGAAAUGAAACACGAGACUUGGCUGGCAAUGGCCGCACUUCUUCUGCAAUUCAUUCGGACUAUUCAGGGGAAGACUGCAAAUCCUCGAGUCCUCCAGUUCGAAACCGCCGAUGAGACCAAGAAGGCUUCGUACCAGGCUCAGAGUCUCUUUGCAACCAUCUGUCAGAUGAUUCUCGCUCUCCACUAUGGCGACUUUGACCUGGCACUAGAUUGCUCCAAACGAAGCCGAAUUGCCGAACGGUCACUGAAACCUUCGCCAUUUCUACACGUGUACUAUUUGUACGAUGGGCUGACAGCGGUGAAUGCGGCACGAACCACCAAGGGAUGGGCUCGGCGGGAGCAUAUCGCACGAGGACGAACCAUGGCAAAACAGCUAGAAAAAUUGUCCAAAGUGUGUCCAGAGAACUUUCUUUGCAGCGUGUACUUGAUGAAAGCGGAACUGCUAGAUCUGCGGGGAAAGGUAUCUGCGUCCAUGGAAUUCUAUUUGAAAGCAGCAGGCCAAGCCGAGAAAGAAGGGUAUUUGCAUGUCCUGGCCCUCGCGAACGAAUACAAUGGGUUGGCUUUCAUCCGACGAGGAGGGAUCCGACGAGGAGGGCUAGACCAGGGCAAAGACUUGUUGAAUCAAGCUAUUGCAGUAUACAAAACAUGGGGCGCCGCUGACAUCGCCGCCAACAAGGAACAAAUAUACGCAGAGGUCGCAGCUAUCAAAUAAUUAGACAUCACAUUUUUUUAC